AGGCUGCAACUCCAAAAACGUCCUCACUUUGCUUGUGCCGGCUCGCUUCUUGUCUGCUGUGGAGCCACCCGGUGGUCGCACCACGUCACUGCGGCUUUGAUACGGUCUGCAUUUUCUUCAUAUUUUGAUAGAAAGUAUAAUUUCUUCAUUUUUGUUGUGUCAUCAAGUUAGUAGGGGUGUUGUUCACACGUCCUUCACCUCUGCAGAUUACAACUAACAGUGAAACCUCCCCAUGAUUGAAAAAGUAAUAGGCUUUGAUCGUGUGAGGAAAUGGAUUAUGGGGGAUCACUUUAGUCUGGGAUACAUGUUUUUUUAAUUUAAAUUUUCCUUGGCUGGCUGGUGAGAAACACGCACACGCACACACACACACACACACACACACACACACACACACACACACACACACACACACGGUGUGAUAGAAGUGUUGCAUAAUGUGUGGUUGGAUGGGCUGUGAAUGAUGUGUGUGAAAACAAGUGAAAUUUGCCGUAGCUGGAGGCGCUGUCUAUUUAUAUAACAUUAUGGGCAUUACUCAUAUUAUAAAUCAAAGAAUGAAAAAAUAUAUAUCAAUAAAUACAAAUACUUAUUGUAAAUAAAAUAUUUUCCUAACUGUAAAAUUAUAAGCAUACUUUUUAAUAUUGUUUUUUAUACUUGCAAUUUUAUAAUAAUAAUUUGCUAAUAAUUAAUUUGACUCAUUGAUACUUAACAUUUCUCAAAUGGAUUGAAAUGAGUGACCUCUUAUUGGUUAUUGAUUUUCUUUUGAAGAAUGAAAGCGAGCUCGGUUAUAGACUAGCUUUGAUGGAUAAUUACUGCCAGAAUAUCAAAGCACUUACAAUCACACGUGUGCUGCUUGUUGUCACUAGGGGGCCAUAUUUUCACCACACAGAGUACAUACAAAUAUACUGUAUAUAUACAGUCAAACUUGUCUAUAGCGGCCACUAGAGGGAGUCUGCAAAAGUGGCCGCUAUAGACAGGUGGCCUCUAUAGACAAGUUGGCGUCCAGUUUGAAUGUUGACCAGUAGAGGAAAAAAAAGAAAAAAAAAGAGAAAAUAAUAAUAAUAAUAAUGUUGACCAGUAGAGGGCACUGCAGACUGCGGAUAAAAGUUGUACAGCACUACUAGGCUUGUUAUUAUCAUGGUUCAUGGUUUUAAUCCUGAACAUGCAUGAGUCAAACAGUAGCACAUCACAUAGUACAAUUCACAAUUUUGCAUGUCCAAAAAGGAGUAGGAAGAAGCAAAGCUUAUUUAAUCCUACCCCUCAUCAGUUUCACAUCAGUUGCAAUACAUUUAUUCACCUCUUGUUCUUCCAAGUGUACUUUGUAGGUCUACAUGACAAUGUAGUGCAAUCAUAGCCAAGGUUUUUACUUACUAAAAGGAAGCUAGAGGCUUAAUAAUAACUGAUAGAAUAUAUCCACCACCCACAGAACAAAGCUGUGCUAGUAAUGUCUUACGCUUGUUUUUUAUAUUUUACUUUUUAUACGGCAGAGUGUCAUUACAGCUUUAGUUCAUCGGGAAGUGACGGUGGGCGUCCCGAGCAGGAGAGCUAGGCUCAGUGCUAGCUGUGAGUUUGGAGAGAGUUGGGAAGUGUAUUUAUGUUGGCGUGGCUGUAAAGUCCUGCAGUGUUCUCCGCUGUUAAUAAAGCCAUUAAAGUGCAUCGGCGACGUGAGUCUCUCCUUCCCCACAACAAGCGGCAUUACAGUAUUGACCAGUGCACACCAGGAAAUAAACGGUGUCAUUUCUUACAGGCAUUGGCUGGACAGCUGUGUAGUGGGGCUUGAAGAUGAGGACUUUGAUAGAUUUGUGGAUGAGGAUUGAUGAAAAAUAACAUGAGUACAUUCUAAAAUACUUCAAUUUAGUACACCCAAACUCAGUUUUGCUCCCGCUGCCGCAUGCAUGCUAGCGUAUGUUUUUUUUUUUUUAAUUGUAGCGUCGCUGGGAGCACGUCCUGUUCCCAGCCUACUUUGCGGUAAUGUUUUGGUGCAAAUGCUCUUAAAGUUACAUGUUUGACCAGGAAAUAGCAAGCUCAAAAGAAGACGGCUUUUUUAUGUGGAACAACUGACAGUUUGUGUGGAUCUUGUGAAUGAUUGUGACUGAGCUAGGACUCAGUAAUUAAAGUCUACACACGACGGCUUCAUUGAAAAACAAAACCUUUUUCGUGCAUGAAGCUUCUACUUGAGUCGGUAAUUUGGCCACUAUAUGCGGUCAGAUAUUGACCAAGGGAGACAAAAUGGGUGGCCGCUGGCCGCGUUGGACAGGUGACUGCUAUACACAGGGUCUAUAACAUGUAAAUUUGCUGCGGGGGAUUUUUCAGUGGCUGCUAUAGGCACGUGGCCGUUCUAUAAAGGUGGCCGCUAAGACAGGUUUGACUGUAUAUAUAUAAUUUUUUUUAAAGGGACAAAUUUCAAGAAUAUUUUAGAACAAAGUUAAAAAAUAAAAUGAUGGAAAACUUUAUUAUAAAUAUAAUGGUUAUGAAAAAGUUUUGCAAUGCGCUAUAGUAAUAAUAAUAAUAAUAAUAAUAAUAAUAGCAAAUAUAUCUUUGAAAUGUUUUCACAUAUUUUAGAAGCUUUAUUAAGAUAUACACUACCGGUUAAAUGUUUUAGAACACUCCAAUUUGUCUGGAGGAAAAAAGCUACAUUUUGAAGUGUUAAGAUGGUCUGUCUCUCUUCUGUUGUUAAUUCCCCUUUUUUUUUUGCCAUUUUUGUAGCAACAGAUUGCAUUCUCCAGUACAAUGCUGUUCAACUGACGUUCAUGAGGGUAUAGUACCACAGUGUGUUCUGAACACUGUUGUUUUUGCAGAGAGAGGAGGUAGUAAGUAUUCCAGAACUUGGAACACCUCUAGGAAUUAGUUGCACCAACUUCCAAGGCUUGAUCAACCUCCAUUUCUGCAGAGCAGCUUGAAAUUGUUGACCCAUUUUGUGGUCCCUGAAACAGGCCUUUUUGUAUCAUUCUGAAAUACACAUUAUUUUUCAGUUUUGGUAAUCUUUCUAAAAUGAUGUGUAUUUAAAUGUUAUUUUUGAGUAUUUUUAGGAACAAUCGUAACCCCCACUAUGUUGGUUUUCAUUGGUAUUUUUGAGUCUUAUUACGUUUAUUUUCUAGUCUUAGGGCAGUUUUAGUUCAUGUUAAAUGAUGUCAUGACAUUGCCUAAGAUCAAGUCACUUCUGAAGCAUCCAAUCAAAUCUGUGCUUCUCCUAGCCACUAGGGGGCAUAUUUGUACCAUAUCUGGCGAUUGCUUUGAUGUAUUUGUUGACGAUUUAGCUAAAAAAAAAAGUUAUGCUCUCAAGGCUAAUGCUAAUACUUGACUUCCUUCCGUGAUACGCUGUCAUUAUUUUUGGGAUUAAUGCACAAAAUGUCGCAUGUUGUUCCACCAUGUGAUGCGUUUUUUCCCCCGUAAAGGCACCAAGCUGUUAGGUCUUUUGCGAAGCUUAGAGACAUUAUAGGACAUGUGUUGUGUUAUAUGGCGUCAGGCGCUCAGGGAUAACAUGGAGGUCAGGUUGUGGCCAGACUUGCUUCCUAGUCUCUUUAUUCCUGUAGCUGAAUGCUAAAGAAGCUUACGCUGUAAUAUCCUGAUGGGAAAAGGGUUUGGUCUAAGCUGGACAUCACGUCGCCUGAUAGCUAGCGGCAUAGCGUGAAGCUCGGAAGACAAACGGCGACAUUGUCUGUGACGGAAGGAUUGUAGUUAUUUUUUCGGCCAUGAUUCCCACUAAGAUGUUAGUGUACCAGGGGCCCGAUGGCAGCACCCAGACAGUCUCUUACACCAGGCGGCGGAAAAAAUCAACGGGUGAACUUUUCCAGAAAGGAUACAGGGUCAGGAACAGCCACGACAAAGAGGAGCAGGAUAGCACUUCCUGCUUCCAUGUCAUCUCCUACUGGGGCUUGAGAUUUUUAAGGGCCUUACGGUUGAUACAGUUCUCAGAAAUUUUACAGUUUUUGAAUAUACUCAAGACAAGUAACUCCAUCAAGUUGGUCAACUUGUGCUCCAUCUUCAUCAGCACAUGGCUGACAGCAGCAGGCUUCAUCCAUCUGGUAGAAAACUCAGGGGAUCCUUGGGAAAAUUUCCAGAAUUCCCAAGUGCUUUCCUACUGGGAAUGUGUCUACUUGCUCAUGGUGACCAUGUCCACCGUGGGCUAUGGAGAUGUUUAUGCAAAAACCACCCUGGGACGCCUCUUUAUGGUCUUCUUCAUUCUUGGGGGUCUGGCCAUGUUUGCUCGCUACGUGCCAGAAAUUGCCGCUCUCAUCCUUAAUCGGAAGAAAUACGGAGGGAGUUAUAACUCGACGAGAGGCAGAAAACACAUUGUGGUGUGCGGCCACAUCACGCUAGAGAGCGUCUCCAACUUCCUCAAAGACUUCCUACACAAGGACAGGGAUGAUGUCAAUGUAGAAAUCGUUUUUCUCCAUAAUAUUUCCCCUAAUCUUGAGCUGGAAGCCUUGUUCAAGCGUCACUUCACUCAGGUGGAGUUUUACCAAGGGUCCGUCCUCAACCCUCAUGACCUGGCCAGAGUCAAAAUUGAAUCCGCAGACGCCUGUUUGAUUUUAGCUAACAAAUACUGCGCCGACCCCGAUGCCGAGGACGCCUCCAACAUCAUGAGGGUGAUCUCAAUCAAAAACUACCACCCAAAGAUCCGCAUCAUCACUCAGAUGCUGCAGUAUCACAAUAAGGCUCACCUGUUGAACAUUCCGAGCUGGAACUGGAAGGAGGGCGACGACGCUAUCUGCCUGGCCGAGCUCAAGCUGGGCUUCAUCGCGCAGAGCUGCCUGGCCCAGGGCCUGUCCACCAUGCUGGCCAACCUCUUCUCCAUGAGGUCCUUCAUCAAGAUUGAGGAGGACACGUGGCAGAAGUAUUACUUGGAGGGUGUGGCCAACGAGAUGUACACGGAAUACCUGUCCAGUGCCUUUGUGGGCUUGUCAUUUCCUGUUAUUUGCGAACUUUGCUACGUGAAGCUGAAGCUGCUGCUGAUCGCCAUCGAGUACAAGUCCGAUCAGAGGGAGAGCAGCACCCUGAUCAACCCUGGCAAUCACGUGAAAAUGCAGGAGGGGACAUUGGGCUUCUUCAUUGCCAGUGAUGCCAAAGAAGUCAAAAGGGCGUUGUUUUACUGCAAAGCCUGCCAUGAUGACGUCACAGAUCCCAAAAGGAUCAAGAAAUGCGGAUGCAAAAAGUCGAAAAACACCUACAAUGGAUACAUCAAAUCAAUCGAAGAGAACCAACAGUCGGUGCUGUCGCCAAAAAAAAAGCAGCGUAACGGCGGUAUGAGAAACUCCCCCAACUCCUCGCCAAAGACACUAAGACACGACCCUCUCCUCAUCCCCGGCAGCGAGCAGAUUGAAAGCAUGGACGAGAAUGUGAAGAAGUAUGACUCCACAGGGAUGUUCCACUGGUGCCCCUCCAAAGACAUUGAGAAAGUCAUCCUGACUCGGAGCGAGGCGGCCAUGACUGUGUUGAGCGGCCACGUGGUGGUGUGCAUCUUCGGCGAUGUGAAAUCAGCCCUGAUCGGCUUGCGCAACUUCGUGAUGCCGCUGAGGGCCAGCAACUUCCACUACCACGAGCUCAAGCACAUCGUCUUUGUGGGCUCGUUGGAGUACCUCAAGCGUGAGUGGGAGACGCUCCACAAUUUCCCCAAAGUCUCCAUCCUGCCCGGCACACCUCUGAGCCGAGCAGAUCUAAGGGCUGUCAACAUCAACCUGUGCGACAUGUGUGUCAUCCUGUCAGCCAAUCAGAACAAUAUCGACGACGCGUCACUGCAGGACAAAGAGUGCAUCUUGGCGUCGCUCAACAUCAAGUCCAUGCUGUUUGACGACAGCAUCGGCGUCUUGCAGGCCAACUCCCAGGGCUUCACACCGCCAGGUAUGGACAGAUCGUCUCCAGAGAACAGUCCGGUCCAUGGCCUGGUGAGGCAGACCUCAGUGACCACAGGGGCAAACAUUCCCAUCAUAACAGAACUAGCAUUAGCAAAGGCAGGCAAAAAAGUGCCUGUGAUUUCACUCAGUCAGGAUAAAAGCAGCGGGACCAGCAUACAAAUGAUUACAGAGCUUGUUAACGACUCCAAUGUUCAGUUCCUGGACCAAGAUGACGACGACGACCCGGACACGGAGUUGUACCUGACUCAGCCUUUUGCCUGCGGAACCGCCUUCGCCGUCAGCGUGCUGGAUUCUUUAAUGAGCGCCACGUACUUCAACGACAACAUCCUCACCUUGAUCCGCACGCUGGUGACGGGCGGCGCGACACCCGAACUGGAGGGGCUUCUGGCAGAGGAGAAUGCACUGCGGGGCGGCUACAGCACACCGCAGACGCUCGCCAACAGGGACAGGUGUCGCGUGGCGCAGCUGGCCUUGUACGAUGGGCCCUUCGCGGACCUCGGGGACGGUGGCUGCUACGGCGACCUCUUUUGUAAAGCCCUGAAAACGUACAACAUGCUCUGCUUCGGCAUCUACCGGCUACGUGACGCACAUGUAAACACGCAAAGUCAAUGCACCAAACGAUAUGUCAUAACCAACCCGCCGUACGCCUUUGAGCUGGUGCCCUCCGACCUCAUCUUCUGCCUCAUGCAGUUCGACCACAACGCUGGCCUGUCGCGGACCAGCCUCUCGCACUUGUCCCACUCGUCGCAUUCCUCCAGCAAAAAGAGCUCGUCGGUCCACUCCAUCACCGCCAUCAGCCGCAACAACCGCACCAAGAGCAGGGACUCCCGGGAGAAGCCGAAAAAAGACAUGGUUUACAGAUGAGCAGGACGUCACCUACCUGAGGAUCAUGAAGCAUAUCAAGCCUGUGAAUAUGCUCGCGGCCAGCAGGCCCGCCGGCAGCUCCAUCUCACCCAUCAGGGAAGUGGACAACGGAUGCUCACAUCGGGGAAUCCUAGACUGACGCUAAAAUACGUAGACAAUCAAAACGUUGUGACCGGCUGGAGCUGAGCACCAAAUAAAAGUUGCCUUCUCAGCUGACUGUUGACAAGGAACAACAGCAACAACAAACAGUCGCUCUCGUUAAGGUUUGCACACUUCUGCUGUACAGUUACGGCCGUUCACAACAUUUGUGAUUCGGGCCAGUUGUCCAUCCAUGUCAUGAAUGACACUUGGCUCCAGCCUUACUGUUCAUCUCCUUGUCUUACCUUAUUUCAUAAAGUAAUACAUAUUUCCAUGUUGGAGAAACUCACUCACUUUCUUCCAAAUAUGAUAGAGCUGUUUUGAUAAUGACAAUAUCACCAAAAAACAAACACCAAACAGAGCUAGUUGAAUGUUGAAGCCACGUAUCGCAUGAAGUGGGCCUCUUAAAGUCCUCCUUUGGCAUGAAGCACUGCCUCAUACACGUCACAUAUGUUGUAUCAUUUAUUUGACGCCACAUGAAAACAGCUCUAUCAUACAUUCUAUGUUCCACCCCUGUGGUUAAAGCAUAUUUGGGAGGCCCAAAUAAUUUGUUACUAGAGGGCAGUGCUUUAGCCAACGGAGGACUCCAGACGGCCCACUACUGCGAAAAGAGGCUUCAGUUUGUUGGUUUCUACAGAAUGUAUUUGUUAGCUCUUAAAAACAAACAUACGACUGGAGCAGGAAAAAGUCUUAAAACUAGCCCUUAAUGUGAAAUGUUUCUCUCUUUGCUGUGUUCUAGACUCAUUAACUUGUGGCUGCAAAGAGUGCUGCUAAGUGAUGUCUACUACUGCUAGCAGGCUUGUACAUAGUUUAUUUUGUAUUUUCAACAAAUUAAACAACUAUGUAUUGUG